UACUUAUUCUGCCUUAAUCUUAGAGAUAGACAGACGACCAUCUAGUGUGUAGUAUAUUUCAUAUAAACACAUUCAAGCACACAGUUAUCACUAGAAACUUACAUCUCAAGAUCUCGGAAGAAGUCUAGAUAGAAGAUACGUCCGCAUAAUAAUACUAAUAGACAGUAUAAACGGCUUACUAUUUAUCUUAAUUUUAUCAGCAGCUACACCUCUUGAUUAAGAACGACGAAGGGUGUAAGAAAAUGAGGAACUACGUCUACAGCCAGCCUGAGCAAUCUUUUGGUAUGACAGACUACAAGCCAUCGAACGUUAAAUCAUAUAGGAAGAGAGAGAGAGGCGCUGCAAGCCGCAGAGGUGGCAUAAUAGGCUCUAUAUUCAGGUGGAUAUUCUGUGUUCUCAUCCUUGGUAUAUCUAUCGUUAUCGGUGUAUUAGCAACUAUCGUUUUAUACGUCAAACCACCUAAUAUCACGUUCGUCGGUGUACGAGAACCCGAAAACGGUAGCACAGUAUCUGCAGUAAACAACGCCUUAAAUAUAAAUUUUGAUCUCGAGAUAGUAGUAGACAAUCCAAACACUUUCGGUGCAACAUUUAACUCUCUUAAUGCACAGCUUUUCUACGGCGGUACAGGUAUUCCAAUCGGUUAUGGCAGAGUUGAAGAUAUAGACAUCGACGGUGAAAAUACAACCGAUUUCAGAUACCCAUUCCAUAUCGUCUAUCAAGCAAACGUUGACCCUGACAAAACUGUUCUCAGCGGGUUACUCAACAGCUGCGGUUUGGUUAGCCAAGGGGAGAAUCCACCUAUAGAUAUAGACUACGAUUUGCACGUCGACAUUAAAGCACUGAGUGUCAACGUCAAACAAACAAUUAGUAACUCAAUGUCUGUUCAAUGCCCUGGAUUUAGUGAAUCCAUGCUCGAAGAAGCCGUUGGUGAUACGAUAUCUGUCUCAGAUUUGGUUGGCCAGCUAACAAGACAGCAACAAUAAUAAUAGUAGUAAUAAUAAUAAUAAAUAUCUAUAAAAACAUUCUAACCUCUUAAUAAUGAUAAAGCAUAGUCUUCCUCUUGUUGUAAAUUCCUCUUUACUUUCUUAUGAGAUGGUUCCUCACUUUCACUUUCACUUUCGCUCUCGUCCUCGCUUCCGCUUGGUGGUAAAUCAAAUUCAGGUGAUACAUAGCCAUCAUCAAGGUCAUCACCUCCGAUGACAGCUUCUCCUGCUCCUUCAUCGUCCUCAUCAUCAUAAUCAUCUCUUUCUCUUUCUCUUCUCUUACGUUUCUUCUCAUCACGCUUCUCCUUUGCUUGUCUCUUAUUCUCAAUAUCAGCUUGCUUGAGUUUUUCAUUCUGUUCCUCGAUAAACUUCUUCUUCUCCUCUUCAACGUCAACAUCCUCGCCCUUUUGUAACUCAUAGAUUUCGUGAGCUUGACCGUCAUCGUCAAAGCGAAGUUUAUGUCCAGGUUCACUUUUACCAGCUACCGCUUUCUUUGAUUGACCCGCCUUGAGUUUGCGUUUUGAGAGGUUACCAGCUGCGUCCUCAAGAUCGCUUCCAUCACCUUCAAGAUCAUGAUCACGUCUCUUUAAGGUGAUAAAGUCAUCCUCAUCUGAACCAUCAUUUCUAUCAAUGAGAGCGUUGUAAUGCUCGGACAACUGUCCUUGAUUUUUACGUUCGAAGAGUCUAUCAUAUUUAGUUCUAACGCCUGGUUUCGAUUGUUGAUUCUUUAGUGAAUAAUUAGUAAUAAAGCAUCGAUAGCGUAUGCUCACUCACAUUUGAUGUCUCAGGAUCAGAUGAAUUAUCUUCCGAAUCGGAUCCAUCUUCAGCUUCACUUGAUUCCUCUUUCUUGGCGUUCUUUUCAUUCUUCCUUGCUUUUGCUUUCUCUGCAGCCAUGAAUUUAACUUUCGGUACACCAGGCAAACCCAAACUUGAUGCAUACUUUUCAACAGGUAAUUUAGCAACGUUGAAUGUUUCUUUAUCUUUUUGAAGAUAUACCGAACGGAUGUAACUAACGAAAGCCUUCUGAGCGAGAUAUUUAAUCUCUGUAUCUUGGAAAGCAUGUGCUUGAAGUGCAUUUGAGAUUGGCUGCAUCAAUUUCUCCUUAAUCUUUAACAACUUCGGUUCAAUGUGUUUUAUUUUCAAGUUGUUGAGUAUUCCUUCGCGUUCGGAUGGCUCAACAAGCAUGAGUGAGCUUCCUUUGCUGUUAUACCUCGCCGUUCUACCAACUCUAUGAAUGUAUGUGUCUGCAUCUUCGGGUAUAUCUAAUUGAACUACCCAAUCAACCGCAGGAAUAUCAAGACCUCGAGCAGCGAUAUCUGUAGCGAACAAAACUGCAUGUGAUGCUUGACUAAAUUUUGUCAAUGUUGCAUUACGCUUGGUUUGCUUGAGUUUUCCAUGAAGGUGCAUUAAACUAGUUCCCGGUCGAAGGUGACUGAAUGUCUCGUAGAUGUGUCUAACCUGCUUGCAAGAGCUGGCGAAAACAAGUACCUUAUUCUUCAAAUGCGUCUUUAUGAAACCAAAUAGGACGUCCAAUUUCCUAUCUAAGGGUAUGACUGAAUAGAACUGUGCGAGAUUCUUUGGUGUUGGAUCCUCACCAUUAUCACCUCCAAUUUGAACAUACGAAGGGUUGUUCAAACUAAGCUUCGCUAAUGACGCCACAGAUGGUGAUAUCGUAGCUGAGAAUAAUAAGUUCUGUCUAGUGUGUGUUGGUGGCAACUGUUCGAGUAUCGCUUGGAUGGUUUUCUGGAAACCCAAAUCUAAUAUUCUAUCAGCUUCAUCGAGAAUAAGUAGUUUAAGAUUAUCGGCGUUGAAACCAUAAGUUUCAUCCAUAUGUUGUAGUAAUCUACCAGGUGUGGCUAUUAAAAUAUUCAUUCUAUUCAACCUCGUCUUCUCUUGUUGUACAUUUUUACCACCGAUGAGCAAUCCCGCUGAGAAUGAGUGGUGAUUACCAAUAGAAUGUAAGACUUUAAAUAUCUGAAGUGCUAACUCUCUCGUUGGUGCCACAACCAAUGCACCUAAUCCAUCCGUAUUCGACCACUUAUCCUUGUAUAAGGACUCUAGCAUUGGUACAAGAUAACUGAGAGUCUUACCAGAGCCAGUUCUAGCAGAACCGACGAGGUCUUUACCCUUGAGUGCUAAAUGCGUAGUAGCAGACUGUAUUUCAGUCAUUUUAACGAAACCAUUGGCUUUCAAUCCUUUCUUUGAUUGAUUAGAAAUUGGUAAUUCAUUGAAAAUGUUAGUUUUCUCAUUUAAUUCCCCUUGUAAGGCUUUCAAUUCUGUUAGAUUUUUGUCAUCCGC